AUGCCUUGGACCGAUCUUUCUUCAAUAAUAGGUCGAAUAAAUAAGACUGGCUCAACAGCCUGUGUAUAUGGAACAAAUAACGAUCGUAUUUUUUAUUUUAGUGGUGGAAGUGUUUUGGUGGAAGAUAAUUUUACUUCAAUAUUUGAUACCACAGCACAACAAUGGGGCACACCAAAAAUGUCAAGAAACUUUACUGCGAUAGAACGAAAAUUUACCCAAUGUGUUGUUUCGGAAAAUAGAACAUAUAUCUAUGGAGGAAAUAAAAAUUUAUUUAGCAUGGUUAAAUUAGAUGUAUCGAAUUUACC